AUGAGACUUGGAUAUUUGGGCCUGGCUGCCCUGUGGUCGUUGGCCUCGGCCACAAUCUUGCAGAAUGGCCAGGAGAAAGAAGACCCAUGGCCCGGCCAAGCUCCCCAGAUCGCUUUAGACAACUCCUGGGCGACCUACGAGGCCGGUGCCCCUGAGAUUGCAUACAAGGGCCGCUGGGAUAGCAAGCACGUUUCUUUUAGCUUCGGUCCCGCUACAUCGGAAGGCACGUUGGUUGCCUACCGCAUUGGAUCUCUGGACUGGCAGUAUUCUAAUGUCACUGCCGACUCAACAUAUCAGUUUGUUGGUCCAUGGUCCGAAUUAGCGCCUGAGCUUGUCGAUGUCAAGAAAGGCUUUGAACUGCGAGGUAUGUCUUCAAUCCUGUCCCUUCGUGUCAAAUUGGGGCCGGGGAUAAGUCUCCCUCGAUUGCGUUCGGUACAUCUCUUUACUGACAUCCUUGGCACAAUCCAGAUUGCCGGCGUAUCCGUUGCAAGCAGUGCGGCCCUUUCUAUUCCCCCCCGGUUCGAUAAAAAGGUCGAGAUCAUCGGAGCAUCACUGGCCACCGGGCAAUUCGCUAGUUACGAGACGCUCUCAUCUUGGGCUUAUCUUUUCGUAGCCGGCCUGGGUAAUGUUGAGCAUACCAUCACUAAUUCCUACAAGGCCUACCCCGGCGUGUGCCUGGUGGACAAUCAAUGCUACGGUGGCUCAGCCCACGGCAUGACAUGGUACUGGCAUCGCGCCUCUGACCCCGGAACUCGGUCUCGUGAAGCCUACCCGGACCACUCUAUGGAAUUCUGGGACAACAAGGCUGAGCAACCAGCUGACCUGGUUGUCAUCCAAUUGGGUGGCAAUGACCACCGCCACCCCAACGAGAUCCCGCCGGCGAACUUCUACCACGCCUAUAUCGAGCUGAUCGAUGACAUCCAUGCAACCUGGCCCAACGCCAAGGUCAUGAUUAUGGGCCAAUGGGGAAUCUGGGAAAAGAAGGGCCUGACUUACGAGGCCACCCAGGUUUAUGAAGAAGAGGCUCGGAAGGUGCAGGAGCACUACAAGGAUAAGGGCUUCGUGUACUAUUUCAGUACUCGCGGAGUCCUCCAGCACAACGAUAUCAAUCCGAUGAACCACUGCACGGACGUUGGCCACAUCAAGCUUGCGAGUCACUUGAUUGAAUGGACUCGUCUGGUCAUGGGCUGGAAGCCCGAGGCCACGGGCGAGGUUCAGCACGGUACCAUGUUCUGGAACAACAUGCAGCAAUAUUAG